GGAAGUGGCGGCUCCCCUGUGACGGUUGCGCCUGGGUGGGCGGGGCGGGAGGCGGAAGGGCCGCAGUGCGCAGCCGCGUCAACGGCCCUUUGCAGUGAGCUCGCUGUCCUACCUCAGUCUGGCUGCUUCGUUGCUGGGCGCGCCAUCUAUGGCUGAUUCCUGUUGGGCUGUGGGGGCGGUUGCCCGGGCAGGAUCCUUUACGACCCCUUCUCGGCUUCUCCGUCGUCACGGGAAAUAAAUCUCGCUCGAAACUCACUGGCCCGCUCCCAGAAAGGCGAAAAGAUAUUCAAAAGCCCUUCCAUUUUCCUUCCAGUGGACACCGACCCCAGCAUUUGCGGCACCCAGUGUCGGCAGUUUUGCCAGGUGUUCGUUACCUUGAAAAAUGGCUACUGGACAGGAUCGAGUGGUUGCUCUCGUGGACAUGGACUGUUUUUUUGUUCAAGUGGAGCAGCGGCAAAAUCCUCAUUUGAGGAAUAAACCUUGUGCAGUUGUACAGUACAAAUCAUGGAAGGGUGGUGGAAUAAUUGCAGUGAGUUAUGAAGCUCGUGCAUUUGGAGUCACUAGAAGUAUGUGGGCAGAUGAUGCUAAGAAGUUAUGUCCAGAUCUUCUACUGGCACAAGUUCGUGAGUCCCGUGGGAAAGCUAACCUCACCAAGUACCGGGAAGCCAGUGUUGAAGUGAUGGAGAUAAUGUCUCGUUUUGCUGUGAUUGAACGUGCCAGUAUUGAUGAGGCUUAUGUAGAUCUGACCAGUGCCGUACAAGAGAGACUACAAAAGCUACAAGGUCAGCCUAUCUCAGCAGACUUGUUGCCAAGCACUUACAUUGAAGGGUUGCCCCAAGGCCCUGCAACGGCAGAAGAGACUAUUCAGAAAGAGGGGAUGCGAAAACAAGGCUUAUUUCAAUGGCUCGAUUCACUUCAGACUGAUAACCUCACCUCUCCAGACCUGCAGCUCACCGUGGGAGCAGUGAUUGUGGAGGAAAUGAGAGCAGCCAUAGAGAGAGAGACUGGUUUUCAGUGUUCAGCUGGAAUUUCACACAAUAAGGUCCUGGCAAAACUGGCCUGUGGAUUAAACAAGCCCAACCGCCAAACCCUGGUUUCACAUGGGUCAGUCCCAAAGCUCUUCAGCCAAAUGCCCAUUCGUAAAAUCCGUAGUCUUGGAGGAAAGCUAGGGGCCUCUGUCAUUGAGAUCCUAGGGGUAGAAUACAUGGGUGAAUUGACCCAGUUCACUGAAUCCCAGCUCCAAAGUCAUUUUGGGGAGAAGAAUGGGUCUUGGCUGUAUGCCAUGUGCCGAGGGAUUGAACAUGAUCCAGUUAAACCCAGGCAUCUACCCAAAACCAUUGGCUGUAGUAAGAACUUCCCAGGAAAAACAGCUCUUGUUACUCGGGAACAGGUACAAUGGUGGCUGUUGCAGUUAGCCCAGGAACUAGAGGAGAGACUGACCAAAGACCGAAAUGAUAAUGACAGGGUGGCCACCCAGCUGGCUGUAGGCAUUCGUGUACAAGGAGACAAACGCCUCAGCAGCCUGCGCCGCUGUUGUGCCCUUACCCGCUAUGAUGCUCACAAGAUGAGCGAUGAUGCAUUUAGUGUCAUCAAGAACUGUAAUACUUCUGGAAUCCAGACAGAAUGGUCUCCUCCUCUCACAAUGCUUUUCCUCUGUGCUACAAAAUUCUCUGCCUCUGCUCCUUCAUCUUGCACAGACAUCACCAGCUUCUUGAGCAGUGAACCAAGUUGUCUGCCAAAGGUGCCAGUUACCAGUUCAGAAGCUAAGACCCAGGGAAGUGGCCCAGCAGUGAUAGCCACUAAGAAAGCAACCACCUCUCUGGAAUCAUUCUUCCAAAAAGCUGCAGAAAGGCAGAAAGUUAAAGAAGCUUCACUGUCAUCUCUUACUGCACCCACUCAGGCUCCCAUGAGCAAUUCAACAUCCAAGCCCUCAUUACCUUUCCAAACCAGUCAAACUAGAGGAACUGAGCCCUUUUUUAAGCAGAAAAGUCUGCUUCUAAAGCAGAAACAGCUUAAUAAUUCUUCCAUUUAUUUCCCUCCACAAAAUCCACAGUCCAGCUCUAAAGCAUUACCAAACUCUUUACCAACAGAGUAUCCAGGUUGUGCCCCUGUUUGUGAAGGGGUGUUGAAGCUAGAAUCCUGUAAAGCAACUCCUGCAGAGACCGAUUUGGCCCGCAACAGCCAAAGCAUGCAUGCCUCUUCAGCUUCCAAAUCUGCUGUGGAGGUGACUCAGAAAGCAACUACAAGUCUUCUAGCUGCUGAGGAUCAAGUGCCCUGUGAGAAGUGUGGCUCCCUGGUACCAGUAUGGGAGAUGCCAGAACACACGGACUAUCAUUUUGCACUAGAGUUGCAGAAAUCCUUUUUGCAGUCCCACUCCUCAAACCCCCAGGUGGUUUCUGCCGUAUCUCCUCAAGGCAAAAGAAAUCCUAAGAGCCCUUUGGCCUCCAAUAAUAAACGCCCCAGGCCUGAGGGCAUGCAGACAUUGGAAUCAUUUUUUAAACCAUUAACACACUAGUGCUGCCCUCAGGCUUGCUUGUAGGAUUUGAUAUUUUAUCUUUACAGAUCUUUAAUAUUUUAUCUUCACAGAUUUCCCUGAGAAGGGGGAAUUAUGAAAUUUUUAAUACAAAAAACAGUCCAUUUAGGUGCUGAGUUCCUGUCCCAUCUCUUCACAGGCAUGGAUUCUAAUCCCACUGCUGACAGAGAUGUAAAAAUUAAUCCUACCACUGAGUUUUUAAUCUUUAGCAUUUAGGGAGGCGGCGUCACGUAGUAAAAAGUGUGUGGGCCUUGGAGUCUAAGAGA